UUGCUAGUCAACACUCGGUCGCCGCGCCAGUAGGUCGCCAUCUUGGAAAAUAGAGUGCCUGUCAAAUCGCGCGCCAUUUUCAAAUAUCGAACACUUAUCUACUUUUUUUUCUUUAUCAGUGCUUUGUGCUUUUGUAGUUGACAGUUUUUUUUUAAAACUUUCAGUGCAAGUGCGUGGCCAUUUUUCGGAAAGUAAAAGGAGGUGAGACGUGUUUAAUUUUUCGAAAAAGAAACGAACAAUGCUGGCGUAGUGAGUGACCGGCUAAACAAGAUGGCGGCCCCGGCCGUGGUGGUCAAGAGGGCUUACAAGUACUAUGGGAAGAAGGACAAACCGGACUACAAACCUGUCCUUGAGUACUUGGACAUGACAGUUGAGAAGGGUAUAAUAUACGGCCUCCUAGGUCCAUCAGGCUGCGGCAAGACCACACUCCUCUCCUGUAUAGUCGGUAGACGGAAACUGGACAGCGGGGAGGUCUGGGUAUUAGGGGGUAAACCUGGCGAGAAAGGCAGUGGUGUUCCUGGACCUAGGGUCGGAUAUAUGCCUCAAGACAUCGCCUUAGUAGCUGAAUUCACAGUACGCGAUGCAGUUUACUACUUCGGAAGAAUAUACGGCAUGAAGACAAAGAAACUGGCUGAGCGGUUCGACUUCCUGACCAAUUUGCUAGAACUGCCCAGCGGAGGGAGGCUCAUAAAGACUCUAUCUGGAGGUCAACAGAGGCGGGUCUCACUCGCUGCGGCGCUGGUCCAUGAACCAGAACUGCUGAUAUUGGAUGAACCGACCGUCGGAUUGGACCCAGUGCUCAGAGAACGAAUCUGGGAGUUCCUCGCAGAACAAGCGAGGAAUGGUACUACAGUUAUAAUAACGACCCACUAUAUCGACGAAACGAAACAAGCGCAUAAGAUUGGCCUAUUGCGAGACGGUCAACUCCUAGACGAGGAUUCUCCAGAGGAAAUCCUCCGAAGGUACGACUGCAACAACCUGGAGGAUGCCUUCCUGAAGAUGGCGUUGAGGCAACACGAACUCACACACAGGAGAAGAUCGACGCUCACGGGUUCCCCAGAUGUGAUCCCCGAAAGCAGUAUAGUCAACGACAGCCGCUACCAGUCGCGGGAAGACUUCAACGUUGUCACCAGUAGUACUGAUGUAUUAACAAGUAAAGAAAAGCCAGAAAGAAUUAAAAACGGAAAGAAAGGGAGAUACAAAGCGGUUUUAAUCAAAAGUAUACAGCAAUUUUCAAGACAUCCUGGCGGGCUAAUAUUCUCGAUCCUGUUCCCGAUAGUGCAAGUGGUAGCGUUCUUUAGCGCCAUCGGUCACGACCCACGAGACUUGCACGUGGCUGUCGUCAACCACGAAGCGGCGAUGUCACCACUGGGCAUCGACAUCUGCAGAAAUAAGAGCAUAACAUACGUUGCGCAGCGUGAGGACGAGACGUGCGAGCAGUACAUGCUUAGCUGCUGGUUCCUCGAGGAGAUGGAGAAGCGGAAACUUUUCACUAUCAUGUACAACACGACGGCAGAAGCAAAGCACGCGGUGGCGAAGCGCAAAGUGUACGGCGCGCUUCGUUUCCCGCAGAACUUCAGCGACGCUCUCGCGCUGCGGGUGACGGAGGGUCAUGCGGAGGACGAUAUUGUUGAGGAGAGCACUAUUAGCGCAUGGAUCGAUAUGAGUGACCAUCAGAUCACGAACUUCGUAAAGUUACAACUGCACAAGGCUUACGAGGCGUUCGCUCGCCGCACCAUGCGGGCGUGUCAGAAGAAUGAAGAUCUGGUUCAGAUUCCAGUAAGAUUCGAAGAGCCUGUCUUCGGGGUAGCUGAUGCUGAGAUAGUAGCGUAUAUGGCGCCCGGUGUUAUGGUGACAAUAAUCUUCUUCCUGGCCGCCAUCGUGACGUCAACGCUGAUGAUCUCUGACCGGCUGGAGGGGGUGUGGGAGCGCAGCGCGGUGGCGGGGGUGCAGCCCAAGGAGAUGCUGCAAGUGCACAUAGUGCUGCAGUCCAUUGUUAUAUUAGUGCAGACCUUCGAAAUGAUGAUAGUGGCGUACCUCGGCUACAAGCUACCCUACAAGGGCUCCCUGGUGACGAUCGCCUGCCUGCUCUUCCUGCAAGGACUCGGCGGAAUGUGCUUUGGGUUCCUCCUGUCGGUGCUCUGCUCGAGCUACACUUUGUCCUUCUUCAUCGCUACCGGGAGCUUCUAUCCCAUGAUUUUACUAUGUGGAAUCCUCUGGCCAAUAGAAGGGAUGCCAAACGUUCUGCGUCUAAUCUCCUUCGCUCUUCCCUUCACUCUGCCCGCCAAGUCCCUUCGAGAUCUGAUGGAGAAAGGCAUACCCUUCACUAACCCUGACAUCUAUGGUGGAUUCCUCAUAACCAUUGGUUGGAUCAUUGGUACCCUGGCGUUAUGCUUCUUGAGACUUCGAUACAGGAAGAUAUAAGGCAAAUUCAAAACUCAAAAACAAAAUAUUUUGAAGACAUAAGAAUUUCUAGAAUAUCUAUAUAACAAUGAAUUUACGCUCAACAAAUUUAUUGGAUAUUCUAGAAAAUUAACAGUUAAUUACUAAGUUCUUCAAUUAUUCGAAAGCGACUUAAACCUAGUGAGAUAUUGGUUUUAUAGAGGUGAAAUCUCAUAUAAACAGUCAAGUUCAAAUUGUUUAAUUAAUUAAUUUUCAGGAAGAAUGUUAUGGUAUGGCACUAUAAGUAAAUUAAUAAAACUUUUUGCAACGAGAUUACGCUUCAAAAAAGGUCUUGCCUUAUAUUCUACUGGUUUUUUUGGAACUCUAGUAAAGAGUUGCUACUAGAACCUUGUGACUGGAUACAUGGACCCUCAUAAAUAUUAAAAAGGGUGUAAUUUUUGAGUAUUAAAGUAGCUCAUUAGCACCCGACCCGCAUUGCCUCGUCGCUAGGUGUCCACUUGUCGUCAACGGGUGGACCACGGAUGGACGCCGCGUUGUCAACUCGCAGUUCACGCGAGGCAAGCAUGUCAACAGUGAGCUAUGUCGGCGCGUGGACACCUCGCUAGCGGGGCGAUCCGGUGAUGGUCGGAGUUGAUGUAGUGAGCGCAUGCCCAUACAAAUCCAUAUGAAUAAUACUAACCACUCGAGGCGAGGCGGUGCGGGUCGGUCCCGGGUUGGUUUAGUGAGCUACGACCUUUAAAGUCAUUUAAUAGGAUGUCGAUAUUUAAAGUUUACAAAAAUUAAUAUUGGAUCUUGAAAUCUGCAUUACAUGUAUAUUUCUAUUGUGAGGUAUUAGGGCUUCAUUUACUUUGAUAAAUAAUUAAUUCGACAGUUGAAUUUCUUUGAUUCGAGGUAUAUCGGUAGUACUUUUGGAAAAAAAAAUGUUUUUUUUAAGAAAAAAAUGACACAUUGUAUUAUGAUACAAUGUUAUCAAAUGUGGGUAUAACAUGCUAUAUUUAGUUAUAUUGUUUGUUAGUAUGCGUUAUUUAAUAUCUUACAUUAAUUAAUUAAAAUAUAUUACGUGUAAUAUAACUUACGUAAACCAUACCAGACUUGUAAUUGUAGGCAUGUUAUAUUGUACGAUAAUUAUAACAUACAGCUAUGUUAUAUUAAUGUCAUAAUGUUAUAUUACAAUAUUACAUGUAAUAAUGUUGUAAAGCAUGUAUGUUUUGUCACCUGUUUUAUUUAACUUAAGACUGCUAGCUUGUAUGGAGUUAGUUGCAUUAUUUACGAUUUAGUUCGACUUAUAGGUCUGCGGACGCCUUAUGGUAGACGUCCACUGAUCCGCAUCGUACGUAUCGAAUGAAACACAUUUUAUCUACCGUAAAAUUAAAAAUUCGAUACCGAUUCGUACGGAUAUGUGGACGCCUACGUUAACCCGGCACUGUAUUCGCGGGUACAUUUAUGUAUUUUGCUUAAGUGUCGCCAUCUAUUUUUAACCCCGACGCACAAAGAGGGGUUGUUAUAAGUCUGACAUGUCUGUCUGUCAGUCUGUCUGUGGCACCGAACGGAUGAAGCGAUUUCAAUUUUUUUUUUGUAUGAAGGGUGACUUAUGUGCGAGUAUUCUUGGACAUGUUUGAUGAAAAUCGGAAUAAUAAAGAAUUAUAAUUUCAGGAUCCUCGGGGGUUUUUAAAAUUUUUCAUCCUUAUAGCAUGCCAGAGAAUUUUCAUAAUUUUCUGCGUGUGUGUCUGCCAUUCCGCAUUGGGCCCGCGUGGUGGACUAUAGUCCUAACUCUUCUCAUUCUAAGAGGAGAAUCGAACUUAGCAGUGAGCCGAAUAUGGGUUAAUAAUGAUGAUAGAUGUUUAAAGCGCAUGUUAUUUAAUGCUUGACGGUGUAAUAUAGAGCUUAUAGCUCUCGGGUAGCUGUAUAUAGCUUGUAUAUUAGCUUUAUGGUAUCACAGCAUUAAAAUUGUAAUAAAAAUGUUUAUUUUUAAGAUAUAGGUUACAGGGUUAGGUUACCCCAAACAUAUGUGAUUUAUGUAAUAAAUUUAAAUUUACUUGUUUGUAUUUUGUUGUAACUCUUUUUAUAUAUUUUUUUGUAAAAUAAAGGUGCCUUUUUACAUGAA